UGUGUGCGUGUGUGUGCAUGUGUGUGUGUCUGUGGUGGGGGGAUAUUUGUGUAGGAAUGCGUCCUCUGCAUUAUGCUGCAUGGCAGGGGAAGACUGAACCAAUGAAAAUGCUGCUGAAAGCAGGCUCAUCAGUCAACGGACAGUCAGAUGAAGGACAGAUCCCUCUCCACCUGUCAGCUCAGCACGGACAUUAUGAUGGGUCAGAAAUGUUGCUACAACACCAGUCCAACCCUUGUAUCUCAGAUGCAGCGGGGAAAACUCCCCUGGACCUCGCCUGUGAAUUUGGACGUGUUGCAGUGGUCCAGCUCCUGCUCAGCAGCAACAUGUGUGCAGCCAUGCUGGAGCCGAAACCCUCAGACCCAAAUGGAGUCUCCCCGCUGCAUCUGGCUGCUAAGAAUGGACACAUAGACGUGAUACGGUUGUUGAUCCAGGCUGGGAUAGACAUCAACAGACAGUCUGAGUGUGGCACUGCCCUACAUCAGGCUGCCCUCUGUGGGAAGACGGAGGUGGUGCGGCUGCUGCUAGACAGUGGCAUCAGUGCAGGAGUGAGAAACACUCUGAGUCAAACUGCCUUGGACAUUGUUAACCAGUUUACCACCACACAGGCCAGCAGGGAGAUCAAACAGUUACUGAGAGAUGCAUCGGCUGCAAUGCAGGUCCGAGCGCUGAAGGAUUACUGCAACAACUACGACCUUACCAGCCUCAACAUCAAAGCUGGAGACAUUAUCACGGUGCUGGAGCAGCACUCUGACGGCCGGUGGAAGGGCUGCAUCCAUGACAACCGCACCGGAAACGACCGCGUGGGCUACUUCCCAUCCAACAUCGUGGAGGUCAUCAAAAGGGCAGGUGACCACCCACAUGACAGCUGUAUGUGUGUGUGUGUGUGGCUUGUGUGAGCGGUUUGCAUGUGUUGUGUGGUAGCUAGCAGCAGCUUUUGGCCUCCAUCAGCCUGUUGCUCAUCAUCAGUGUCCUCUGGUGGCUGUUUACCUCCUCUAAGGUUCUGUUCCUUCUGUUUCUCAC